AUGAAACAACCUGACACCAAGCAUGCUCCUGCUCCAGGCAGAAAACUCAGCAAAAGAAAAUCCAUAAAGCGGACUCAGCUUACCCUGAGCAUGAAAUCCAGACCCAACCCAAAGUCAGGAGCGCAAAAUCAACACACAAUCUUCCCACCCAAGGCUCCUCAUAACACGACGCAGUUCAUCAUUGAACAACAUCAGGCUGCAGAAUAUGAUCCAUCAGAUCUGCUUGGAUCUAUGUUAAAUCUUAAAUCCUUAGAACUUUAA